CCUCCCUCUUCCAUUCCAGGGUUUAUCCCCUCAUUGCUGAUCUCCCUUCAUCCCUCCAAUCCUCAUUUGUUCCUCAUAGGAGCACUGAGGCAAGUGAGGAAUACCGCACUGUGAGCAAUACCAAAAGUGAAUGAGUGAAGGAACGUGUAGUAACAGACAGGCUGAACUUAUGACAACAACCUGAGGGAGGCUGCUGGAGGAAGACGGAUUGAAGAGCCACCAAAACAUCUUGAUAGGAGUCUCCUAUUGUAAGAAAAGUUUGCAAAGCAGACGGGGGGGGCCGGUUUGACUUGCAAAGUAGUACUUACCUGGAGACCUAGUGCAGGAAGGUUAACAGGUAAAUGCAGGACUACCAGCUCUUCUGUCAUCUCUCCUAGUCUCCACUGCUGACAGUGCCUAACAGACAUCACCAUGGGUGAAAUGGAGCAACUUCGAAAGGAGGCGGACAGUCUUAAAGACCAGAUCACUGCAGCUCGCAAGGCGGUGCAGGAUACCACACUGCAGGAGGCAGCAGCUAGCAUCACAGUGGUGGGGCGUGUCCAGCUGAAGACCAGGAAAACCCUAAGGGGUCAUCUUGCCAAGAUCUAUGCAAUGCACUGGGCCACUGACUCAAAGCUAUGUGUCAGUGCCUCACAGGAUGGAAAACUCAUAGUGUGGGACACCAUCACGACCAAUAAGGUGAAUGCCAUCCCCCUCAAGUCAUCGUGGGUGAUGACUUGUGCCUAUGCACCCUCUGGAAACCUUGUGGCUUGUGGAGGUCUGGACAACAUGUGCUCCAUCUACAACCUCAAGGGCAAGGAUGGAAAUGUCAAGGUCAUGCGUGAGCUGGCAGCGCACACAGGUUACCUGUCCUGCUGUCGUUUCAUCAGCGACACUGAGAUCAUCACCAGCUCAGGCGACUGUACUUGUGUACUAUGGGACAUUGAGACAGGAACCCAAAAGACUGUGUUUGCCGGACAUCAGGGAGAUUGCAUGUCCCUAGCCGUGUCCCCAGACUUCAAGUUUUUCAUCUCAGGGGCUUGUGACUUCACAGCCAAGCUGUGGGACAUCAGGGAGGGCACGUGCAGACAGACCUUUGGAGGCCAUGAGAGCGACAUCAAUGCCAUUGGGUUCUUCCCCAAUGGUAAUGCAGUGAUAACAGGAUCAGAUGAUGCCACCUGCAAGAUGUACGACCUGCGAGCUGACCAGGACCUCAUCACCUACCAGGACUCCAGCAUCAUGUGCGGGGUGACCUCUCUGGCCCCCUCACUGUCCGGACGCCUGAUACUGGCAGGCUACGACGACUUCAACGUCAACAUCUGGGACUCGCUUAAAGCUGAGAGAGUCGGAGUGCUGGCUGGUCACGACAACAGAGUGAGCUGCAUUGGAGUAUCUGCAGAUGGCAUGGCGUGCUGCACGGGAUCCUGGGACAGCUUCCUCAAGAUUUGGAACUGAGGUUGUUCCUUGCAAAGAGAGCACUUAGUGAAGUGAAGAAGACAAAAAGAAAUUGAAGUCUGGGGGAGGGGAUGAGGGGAUGAGGAGCCACAUAGGGUGAGAAGAGGGUAUGUCAAUUUGUGCCAAGUCCUAUCUAAUGCUGGAGAAGGCUGUUGUAAUGUGAAGAUCUUCUCUUCUCUUCUCUUCUCUCCGUCACUUUGCACUCAAAACUUUCUUCUCACAUUAUGGGGGAACUUUGGGUAGGGGGUUUGAGAAAAUGUCAUUCCCACCAGUAGUUAAUUGUACUGUGGUUCACAUGGAUCAGGUAUGCACAUUAAUUACAGCAAUUUGCGAGCAGUUGGCAAAUGGAAAAGGUAGCACACGGGAUGAGAUAGAAUUGAUCACGUCAAUCUGCAGCCUGUGUUGUGCUGGGUAACUAACUAACUAACAUGCUGUGAUUUCUAUCAAAGCAUAAGUGAAAUCAUAUAAAUAAUAUGAGCAUUAUUGUUUCAGACUGUUGUUUGUUGUUAGUUUUGGUAGAUUCUGUAGAUGCUUACAUUUACUUCCUGUUCAUUUUCUAAUUUUAAUUCAAAUGGAGUUCUAGUUUGCAGAUUAGUGUUUGACUUGUUAUGUAUGUGAUCGAUGGACAAUAUUUACCAGGAUUUUGGGUCUCAUUACUCGGCCUAACCCCUCGGUAGCUAGACCUGAAAAAGUGCUUUGGGUAAACUGCUGAACUGACAGAUGGGAUAAUAAAAUGAUUUUCAUGGUUCACUAAGCACUUACAUAAAAAAGAUGACCCAUUUGUCUCAUGACAGGACUCUUUGUGUGAGUGUUACGUGGAUGGUAAUGGCUACUGCGCUUAUAAGUAGUACAUCUGAAUGUGUAUAUAAGUGCUUACAUUUUCCUCUGCAUGCUAACCUUUAAACUUGAAGGACAGGCUGUGUACAUAAAAACAAACAUUCAAAAAAAAAAUCUAACUUUAAUUUAGACCGGCUCUUUUCCAGAGUGGAUACACACUGUACAAAGUGAAGCAAAACUACCUAAUAAACGUCAUGCAUUACA